UCCGAUUGCAGUGAACAAGAAAAACAAGACUUAAGCGAAUGGUUCGCAAACGUCGAGGGCUUCUACGCCAACGAGACCUGCAGUUCCCACACCAGACACAGCCCCCAAUGCCUCAACAUUAUGAUGUCCAAACUCGACCUACCGGAGCUACCCACCCCUCCCCUACCUACCCCCUUAGCCAUUGACUGUUUGGGUAAUAUUAAACGGGAUGUUCGGUUAGAGUGCGCUAAUGUGUCGGAGUACAAGUGGAAUGUGACAGUCUGGGAUGACCUGGAUUGUUUGCGAGAAAUUGCCUGGGUCAGGUGUAUGCCCAUUGAGCUGGCUGUUACCGAGGAGUAUUUUAGAAAGAACCAGUUAAUUAAUUGGACCGAGCGAGCUGGGUGUGACCAAGCACCAUACCACAGUGAUGUAUGCAUAUUGCCUGAUGAUAAUAAAGGAAAUAACUUGACUAUAGAUAUGACAAUUGAACUGGUUACAUCUAACACAAAUGAAUUACCAGAGAUCAUACAUGUUCCCGAAGAUACCGAUAUUGUAAUUGAACUAGUUCAAACAAACAGCGAUGAACCACCUAAAAUACUAGAUGUCCCAGACAACUUUACUUCAAUCAACCUUGAUAACAAUAACACUAACAUUAAUAUGACCGAGGAACUUACUGAUACUGUACUAUCCGAGUUUACACCCUCUAUCGACCCGCCCAGACCCCCACAACCCGACCCCCUGACCAUUGACUGUUUAGGUAGUAUUAAACGGGACGUUAGGUUAGAGUGCGAUGAAGUGUCCAAGCUCAGGUGGAAUAUAAGUACCCACACCCAUCCGCCCCUGGAAAAUGUAUGUUGCUAUUUGUGGGACGAUAUUGAUUGCGUACGUGAAAUAGCCUGGGUCAGGUGCAUGCCCGUUGAACUGGCUCACACUGAACAUUAUUUUAACAAGGUAAUUGACUGGGCCGAAAAUGUAGCUUGCUUAGACGUCGCCCCAUAUCAUAGCGGUGUAUGCGUGCUACCUACUGAUAUACCUGAGGCUAGAGUAGAUUAUGAUCUAGAUCAAUUUAUGGACCACGAUACCGAUCAACCGAAUACAAUUAAGGCCAAAACUACCCCUGCUAAAAUAAAAACUACACAAUCAUCAAAUUUACCUAGAGUACUUACUGGAACACAUGAGUUUAAGCGUGAGAAAGUGAUCAAAAUUCACCCUGCUCAUACCGAGCCACCCACACCCCUAUAUAUGAUACAACACGUCCAGAAACUGUACCCCUUUUCCGAUGAGGAGCACGAGAGCCACAACUAUCACGGGUUUUGGCGGGAAUUCCGGGCGGUAUUCCCGUUGACCAUGUUUUUCAUGUCACUCAUUGUGCUGACACUGGCGGGUAUGAUAGCCGUCCAGUACAGGAUGUUUAGGCGUAAUCAGGAACAGAGUAUCAUGAAUAAGGGACUGGGAGGUAGGGUUAAUCCCGGUGCCACUGAUGAUGAUGACAGGGCGAUGCUGAUAAGAUUUUAA